AUGCCCUCUGUCAAUGUCUCUAAACGACAGUUGCAAGCAUUGCUACAGUCGGACCAACUUCAGACGUCUGUGAGUACACCUCUUGGUAAUAUGAUGCUGGAGAUUCAAGGUGACUUAGAGGCUCCCCAACAAUGGCAUGAAGACCCGAGGUUUUCCAUGGAUGGUGAGCACCCAUUGGUAAGAUGGGGGCUUCUACAUAUUGAUACAUCUCGUAAUAAUGCAACUUUGUUUGUUGGUCGGAAACAGAGGUUAUUAGGUUCGUUGGUUAAACUGGAUACACCGUUGGGUUUAAUCAAAUUUAACCAACAAGAUGGAACCGUUGACAUGCAAGAUAUUUUUUACUACAAAGUACUGUUCAAAUCGAGACCUCUCCCGAUUAUGUAA